GUCAUCCAAAUAUAUAAUGCAAGUCCAUCGUCUCCGACUCUCACCGACCUUUUUUUUUUCCCCAAUUCGCAUCAAGCCCUAGCUCAACAGACUAGUCAUGUCGUCCAAGCAAGGAGGAAAGGCGAAACCUUUGAAGCAGCCAAAGGCUGAUAAGAAGGAAUACGAUGAGCAUGAUAUGGCCAACCUGCAGAAGAAGAAAGACGAGGAAAAGGCACUUAAGGAACUAAGAGCCAAGGCGUCGCAGAAGGGAUCCUUUGGAGGCUCUGGACUUAAAGAAGAGCGGCAAGAAAUGAUCCGUUUUAAUCAUGAAGCUUGUAUUCGACAGUGCAAAUUUAUCAACUUAAUAACAGAUAAUCGUGUGUUUGUGUAACUUGUAUCAUGUUUCUAGGAGAGUGACUUUGCGUCUUCGCUUUCGCCACUUUUUCAUAUAAUAUUGAUAAAUGGUUUCUA